CCGCCGCCUGGGGCCGGGUUUCCAGCCGGACUGUUUAUUCGGGGCGCGCCGGCCGCCUUGGGGCUGGGGGGACCGGGAAGUCACCAUGUCGAGUCUGCACAAGAGCAGGAUUGCAGAAUUUCAGGAUGUCCUUGGGGAUCCCAAGAUUGUCCUGCAGAAGCUCCGUGAACUCUGCUUUAGUGGGAUUCCUUUUGAUGGUGGGCUGCGCUGCCUCUGCUGGAAGAUCCUCUUGAACUACCUCCCUGUGGAGAAAGCCUUAUGGAGCACCUUGCUGAAGAAGCAGAGGGAGCUGUAUUCCCAAUUCCUGAAGGAAAUGAUUAUUCAGCCUGGGAUAGCCAAAGCCAAUCUUGGUGUCUCCAGGGAGGAUGUGACCUUAGAGGACCAUCCACUCAAUCCGAACCCAGACAGCCGGUGGAACACUUACUUCAAGGACAACGAAGUGCUGCUGCAGAUAGACAAGGAUGUCAGGAGGCUGUACCCUGAUAUGGCAUUCUUCCAGCGCCCAACCGACUACCCCUGCUUGCUAAUCCUGGACCCCCAGAAUGAGUUUGAGACUCUCCGCAAGCGGGUGGAACAGACAACACUCAAGUCACAGACAGUGGCUCGAAACCGGAGUGGAGUCACAAAUGUGAGUUCCCCUCUUAAAACAUCUGCUCCGAAUUCAUUGAGUGAGUAUGAAGUUCUGCCUAAUGGCUGCGAAGCUCACUGGGAAGUGGUAGAACGAAUCCUGUUCAUCUACGCCAAGCUGAAUCCUGGGAUCGCAUAUGUCCAGGGGAUGAAUGAAAUAGUGGGGCCUCUUUAUUAUACCUUUGCUACAGAUCCCAACGGUGACUGGAAAGAACAUGCAGAAGCAGAUACAUUUUUCUGCUUCACCAACCUAAUGGCCGAGAUCCGGGAUAACUUCAUUAAGAGCCUGGAUGAUUCUCAGUGUGGCAUCACCUACAAGAUGGAGAAGGUUUACUCCACCCUGAAGGAGAAGGAUGUGGAGCUGUACUUGAAACUGCAAGAGCAGAACAUCAAGCCCCAGUUCUUUGCCUUCCGUUGGCUGACACUGCUGCUGUCCCAAGAGUUCCUGUUGCCAGACGUUAUCCGUAUCUGGGACUCUCUCUUUGCCGAUGACAACCGCUUUGAUUUUCUACUGCUUGUCUGUUGCGCCAUGUUGACACUAAUCCGAGAUCAAUUACUGGAAGGGGACUUCACUCUGAACAUGAGGCUGCUACAGCAUUAUGGAAGCAUGUGCUCAUGCACAAGAACUUCUGCGUUUGGGGAAGGGACAUGCUGGGACCAGUGGGAUUUCGGUGAGUAUAGCGAGCACGUCUCCAUGAAAAUACAACAUGUCGCUUUGAUGUCAUGCAUCCUGCUGGUUUGAGUAGCUGCUGGAUUUUGUUCCUUUGUCUGCAUCUUACCAUCUCUUUUAUGAGUGCACAAAAAAAGGUCCAUUUUCCUUCUGGUGAGUGGCAGGUGAGGAUACAAACCAGCAGAGUCUCUUCCAUGGGAAAGAGACUUUAAAAAGCUGGCAUGGGAGAAUACUAUUGCCAUUGGCUGUUUUGUGCAGUGUGAUUAUUUGCUGUCCGGUAGAGUCUGCCCCAGGAUUGCCUUAUCAAGGAAUUGUCUCCUUGGUGCUGACUUUACUUGGAAGUUGGAACUAGAUAUGUUUUUUUAAUCAGUGUAGUUCAAAUAAGUCAAAGCAGCCUUAUGUUACUCACAGCCUUAGAGCAGGGUCCCUGCUGCUGCUAAGACUGCACGUCUUGAGCUAUGUUCAGUGCUGCUGCUAUGGCCCAUGCUUUACCCUCAUUCAAAGGCAGGAUAUCUAACUUCAAGCAGGCUCAUGAAGUACAAAGGGAGAGGCCUCCAGUCCUGUUCUGCAAUCAUGGGUGUCUUCGGAGGAGACUCAUUAAUCAGGAUAAUGAUGGUUUCGCCCUUACACUGAGUUUUUGUAUAAUAUUACCCAGAACACUCCAAGCCUUCUGUCCAAACCUGGAUAAGCUCUAGUCAUGUAAUCUUCAUGUUAUCCUGUGUACCCUUUGCUGGGAAGUGACUCAAACUCACAGAUCAGUUUAACAUCAAGCCAAUCUCUGGAUGUGAUCUACUGGAGCAAUUCAGUGAGAAUACCUGGUCCCUUGCAAGAGUCCCGUUCCCUAUGGGCAGUUCCUAAAGAAGGGGGAGCCAUUUGCUGUGGGGAUGGUAAUACAGAAGGGGAUAUUUAUUAAUGUACUCCAUUCAGAUACAAAGGAUCUGGCCAGGUCUGCAUAGAUUGAGAUUAGUAUAGGGUAACCUGUAGCCUGCAAGUGGCGCUGGAAUGAUCGGAACUCCUGACCCACAGUUUGAGUCAGGGUGAUGGCUAUGGAAGAAAUUUCAGUAGCUGAAUAUUCCAGCUGCUGCACGAGCUCCCAAGCACAUGAUAACUUGAAGUGCUUUACUCUCCCCGUUAGUGAAGUGCUGGAUUGCCUCUGCAUAACUGUCAAUGUGGGGACUGUUCUGUACAAUCUUAAGGGUUUUGCAUUACAUCUCUUUUAUCAGAGUUCAAUUUUUAUGCUUUCUCAGAGGUCUGCUCACCCUGCUGAUGAGACCUGGUAGCAAACUAGCCAUAGUCUGUUGGGGCUGUUAGCGACUCUGAUAGUGCCUGACAUUUUUACUCUCGUGCUCCUGUGCUGCUUCAGAGUAGCAGUUUCUGUGAACCAGAGUAAAUGCACCAGUAAUAAGGAUGCAGCAGAGUCUGUCUGCUUGGAGGUGGAAUUUUAAACAAAGUGGUUGAUGGCCUCCCUUUUUACUGAAAUCCUUCCUAUGAGGUAGACCCUUUCCCUUUAGAAAUGGGGCGGUUGAGAGAACACCAUAGCUCUCAGUUUACAGGCAACUAUGGCUGCUCCUCACGUCUUUUAAUCACUGUCUCUCUGUUGGGCAGCAGCUGUCCCAAGAGAACAUGUGAUCCAUCUGCUGAGCUCCCUUGUGCUAGGGAGGCCAGUACUAACUAGCCUUUUGUAAUUGUAAAGGCUAUUGCUGCACACAGGCAUCAAACUGGAUGAUCAGGCCCUUUGGCGAAACUCCCUCUGGAAUCAUUGAGGCUUGCCUGAACAAGGACUGUAGGAUUGAACCCUAAAAGUGGAAAACUCAUCCAAAAUGCUCUGGCUUCAGAACUGCACAAGAUGUCCUCCAUUAAAAGUCCGCCUCCUCUCCCCAAUCAUUUAUUAAUCUCAAGCUUACACAUGGUCUUUUGAAAUGUUUCAUAGUACCUGGGCUGUGUGGCUCACACUUGCCUUAAAAGGAAUCCACCCCAUCCUCCACUCUCUCUCUCAUGGGCAUGUCAAUAUGGUGAUAGUCAUGGAAUGUAACUUGUUUCUUUUAGUAGUAGGUGAAUAAUGGUGGUAGUCAGAAGAGCAAAAUCUUUAAUACGCUCUGAAAUGCUAUGUAGGUUUCUUUACAAUACAUUCAUUUGCGAUAUCAUAAAUUAGGUCUAAAAGUUAAACUUGUGGGUAGAUUGUUUUUCAGUGUAGAACUAAUGUGUUAAAUAGAAACCCUUUACAACUGUAGGGGAAGUGAGAAUUAAUAAUAUUAAGUUUCUUUGGAUUUAAAUAUUCCCCUGCUGUGUCUGCAGCUCAAAUGUUCCAGCACUUUGUUGGUGUAGGAGAACUUGAAAGUGACUUUGACUAUCCUCUCUGCUUAUUCAUUCUGAAGGAAGUGAAGAAAGCAGGUGAAUGGCAUGAGCGGGUGAAGAGUUGAUCUGUUAAAAAUUUCAGAUAGUUGUCAAGGAAAUGUCUUUUAAACCUGACCACGUCCUUUUUAAAAAUGGGAACUAAAAAAAAUCAAAUGGUAGCCUGGUUUAGGGCUGAAGUCAACUUCUGCUGAAAUCAGUCGAGUCCCUGUUGAUUCUGUUGGGAGCUGGAUCAGAUGUUUAAGGAACAGCACCACAGACGUGAGUGAAGAGGCCUGGAACUGAUUCAGUUGUGUAGCCUUCUGCAUUCCUGUAUGAAAUACUUGAUUUUGGGUCUUGCUGCUGUCUUCAGUCUCCCAGCUGGCUGGGACGCAUUGCUUAAGACCGUGUUUUAGAGUCACCAUACAAAUCCUGUCCAUUCAUCUUAAGGAGUGACGAGUGGUUCUAAAUGGAAAUCUCUGGAUUGGGAGGGGGUGGCUGUAAUUGAUGAUGAGAACGGAGAGCUUCACCUUUCAGUAAAGGGUUACAAAUGGCACCCCAGCAGAAAACAAAUGGCAGAGAUGCACCUUAGAUGUCUCCCUCAGAAGAAGUUUGUGGCUGUCAGGUCAGACUCCUUAGUUUUUGCUGCUCAUUUUGAUUGAAUUCCAUUUUUUGGGGUCUCCUCCUGUUUGAACAUCGUAGGGCUAGAAGGUUUUAUUUAUGAUGGCUUAGUGAGUUGGAGCUGACCAUCUGUAAAUGAAGGAGAGGUUCUCUAGUUGACCAUGAAACAAAAGGUGUGACAGCAUAGAAGAUGUGGGGAGGAGAACGAGGGGAGCUCCCAUAGUAGUUCCCAAAGUCAAGACUAGAGAACUUGUAACACUGAUACAAUUUGUGAGGCUGUUUGUUUACUACUUGAAAAGGCGUCUCUUCAUUAGUAAUCUGGAUCCCUUAUUCUUUAAAACUGUGGGCGGUGAAGGGUUUGCUGUGUUGAUAUUUGAAGGAAAGGAAGCUGUUGAAAGGACUUAUUAUUUUUUUCCAUUGAUACUCUGAGGUUAUAAAAACAGCUGACUCGUAGUUUAGGCUUAUUGUCCGCUUUAUGGCGCAAACACUAUUAGUUGGGAGGAAAAAAUUUAACUGGGAACCUACUGUCAGCCCUUCUGAUUAGUUACCCUAACUCAUUCCUCAAAUAAUUUUUAAAGCUGGACAGUAUUAACUAGCCCGUUGUCUGGUAUCUUUAUGCAUAUAGUGGCUGCCACAGACCUAUGAGAUAUGAAAAAUCUGAAGUGGGAUUCAUGUCUCCAGAACCUUCUCUGUGACAGGAGCAGCUGUAAGAAUUUUAAUGCAUAGUUGCUCUUUCUUGAAGUGCUGGGGUGUGUGUGGGAGAGCCAGAUACACAGGUGGAGAUUUAAAUACCUUAAUCAUUGAAUUCAUUAGCUGCUCACUGUAUGCAAAUAACUCAUCAAGAGCAGGAUCAUUACCACUUUGGUUGAAGCUUUCCUCCAUCAGGAGGAAAGGCAGGAAACUAAGCUGGAUGGUUCAAGAGAUGGGGAUUGGUCAUAAGGGCGAAGGCCAGCACCCUGUGCCCUCGCACCCUCCCCCUGGAAUCUUGUAGCCUUGGCAACUGGGAGGAAAUGGGAUAGCAAAGAGUAUAAUCCUGAGGUUGGUGGUCAUCUUUGUCAGGGAAAGGUGGAACUGUUUUUUCAAAGCAAGUGUUGGCUAGAUUAACUUGUGGCUGGACUUUUGAGGGCCAAACUUGAAUUAUUUACAGCUCAGCAAUGGGUGGAGUGAAAGUCAGAAGCUGCUAUAGGUAGCACAGUGGUAUUCAGGAAUACAAGGGCUGUUGCUCCUUUUAACUGAGCAUUUGGUGACUUUUUGUAUGUUUUAGCCAUUUAGAACUUUUUUUUUAAAAUGCCCUUUUGCAAAAGGGCAAAUCCGGUGAUUUAUACAAAUUCAAUUUUUUCCUUUGGCUGUUUAAAAAAACAAAACAAAACCCUCUCCAAAAAGGGUAUGGAGAACACAUCUGUAUGUCAUGCUUUUUCCAGUGUUCAAAGUGCUUUUGUUAAACACUAUUGAUUUUGGUGAAGUUCCCUUCAGCUAAACAGAGGGUUUUGCAUCUGUUAUCCACUGUCCAUAACAAUGAGACUCCCCCUAGCCACAGACUGUGCUCAGAGUUAAAGCUGCUUCCUGUGAUAUUACAGUAUUUCUAAAUGCCUUCUGUAGUAACCAUGAGGGAUGAAACAACAUGUGCUAGUUGGCUGUCAGUAGAACUAAUCUCAGUCCACUGUAGUCUAGGAGUCUGUCAGUAGCACAGGGUUCUGUAUGUAUAAGCCAAAUCUACCCACCACCACUGCCUUAUUCUUUUUCUUAGCAAGAUUAUCCUAUUUGGCUUGUUGCUCUGAGCCUUCCUCUAUUUCUGCAGUACGAUGGUAUAUAGUGGGAUAGGGAGUGGUGGUACACGGUGUGUUAAAGGAGGUGGUCCAAACUUGAAUUCACAAGGUCCAGAGUGUAUCCUCUGAUUUAUCUACAGGGAACAUGCUUAGCCGGGAACAAGCAUUUGUAGAGAAAGCUGUUGCUUGGCAAUAUUUUGGAGGCUGCACAAAUGUUCCUAACAGGAAGGCCUGCUUGGACCAUAUUAACAGCUGAGGGUCACUGACUUUGCAGUACAGAUCUAAGCAUCACUGUACAAGCCUGGACAGGUAGAAGCAAAAGCUGUUUUUCUGUUCCCCACCCCCUAAGCCAGUUGCCACAAAUCCGGUGGAAGGAACAUGCUGGUACCUCUAACUGAGGAAGGGAACAAAAGAUCCCUGGUAUACAAUGUCAUAUUAAAGGCUAGGAGCUGGAUUCUUUACAACACAAAACUGGUCUGCUGUUCAUUACCUUUUGCUUUUUAUUUCUAUAACUUCUCCCAUGAACUACAAUUAUCCAUCUGUAAUGUCUGUAAUUCUUUUUUUUCAUGAAUGUUCUGUUGAUUUGUCAUAAUAAAUAUUUUUCUUUGCAAAUACUGA